CCAGCUUUGAGCUCUGAGCUGCCUCCUCUGCUCUCCAGGACAUGGCAGCCCCCAUGACCAUGGCAACCGGCCUCCUGCUCAUGGUCCUGUGCACCUACUGCAUUGUCCUUACAGGCCCCAUGAUCAUCCCCUCUUCCUGCUGCUUAGCCUUCAUUUCCAAGAGAAUUCCUGAGAGACGAGUGAUAAACUACCAGCUGUCCAACAGGAGUGUCUGCCCCAAGGCAGGAGUGAUCUUCACCACCAGGAAGGGCCAGAGGUUCUGUGGCAACCCCAAGUUGCUGUGGGUCCAGAGGUACAUGAAGAACUUGGAUGCCAAGCAGAAGAAAGCCUCCAGUAGGACCAGAGUGAUGGGUGCCAAAGUCGCUGUCCAGAGGCACCCUGCCAACAGCACCUUCAUCUAACCCCUGCCCGGCCCCCAGCCCUGAGCUUGGGCCUGGGUCUCACCUCCUAAAAGGCUGCUUGGGGCCUGGUGAGCCAGCGGUGAUAGGCAAAGGGCUAAUGGUCCUGUUUCCUAGCAUCAUUCUCAGGGGAUGUGUCUAGUCUAUUAAAAGAACCCAAGGCAGGGGAGGCCUGCUCCUGGGGGCUGAAUGAGGGCUCCAAGCAUCCCGGGCCUCUUGCCUUUCCUGAGCUGGGAGAGAAGGUCCCGGAGGAGGGCCAUGGCGGUCCUUUGUCCUCCCCCUGAGCUGGGGCGGGCACUUCCCUGACUUCUGGGUUCCGUCAGAGCCCAAGUGCAUGAGUCCUACCCUGCAGACAGACUCUGCUUGUACCUUAGCCUGCAGCCGUCUUCUACGGGCCCUCUGGUCUUGCAGUGGGGCCUACGGGCUGUCUGUCUAUCUGUCUGGGGAUGGGUGACCUCUCAACACCCAUAGCUCUCCAUUACAGUGGGGAUGCUCCUGGCCUGUCCCACUUGCAGCCUCCCAGGUGAAUAAAAACCCAACAAAAGCAUA